AUGGCUUAUCGGCCGGAGCGCUGGGGCGGGGCCCGGCGCGCGCUCGACGAGAACUUCGAGACGGCGGCGUCGUCGCCGCGCAUGCUCAGCGAGCUCCAGGAGCUGAAGCGGUCCAACGACUGGCUGCUGGCGAGCGUCGAGAAGAUGCGGUCGCUGGAGCCCCGGGAGCCCCGGCGGCACCGGAGCGCCCGCGCGCCGCCGACUCCGCCGGCGCCGCCCGGGGGCCUCGAGGACGCGGUCUACGCGUCGACGCUGGCGCUGCAGCGCGCGCACACGGACCGCGUCGCCAAGUUGCACGACGCGGAGCACGACCUGCUCGAGCGCCUCGGCGGCUGGCAGACCAAGGGCGCGCGCCUCGAGGCGCGCCUGGGCCGCUGCCGGCGCGUCAUAUCGCGCCUCGCCGUGGACCGCUUCGCGGCGCGGCUCGACGUCGACGCGCUGCUCCGAUUGGGCGCCGGAGCGCUCCGCGCCGCGCUCCUCCGCGCCGCGCUGGCGACGUGGCGCCUCCGCGCCGGGGGCCGCGCCGCGGCCGCGGACGAGGCCCGGACCCGCCGCGCCGCGGAAGUGCACGAGAAGGCGGACCUCGGCGCGCGCCUCGACGCCGCGGCGGCCGACGCGGGCGCGGCGCGCGCGGAGGCCGCGCGCCACGAGGCGGCGGUCCGCGAGGCGCACGCCGACGCCGCCCAGGGCCGGCAGCGGGCCGACGCCGCGCGGACCCAGGCCGCCGCGCUCGCCGCGGAGCUCGCCGAGCGGCGCCGCGGCGCCGCGGCGCUCGAGGCCGCGGAGCGCGACGCGCGCGCCGCCGACGGCGACGCGCGCGACGCGCGCCGCGAGGCCGCGGCGGCGCGCGCCGCCGAGGCCGAUUGCCGCGCGCGGCUCGAGGAGUCGGACGCGCGCGCGGCGCGCCUCGAGGACGACCGCGCGCGGCUGCUCGCGCGGUCGCGGGACACGGCGUCGGCCGAGGCCGCCGCGAGCGACCUGGCCGAGGCCGUCGCGUCCGACUUCGCGAGCCACCUGUCGCUCGAGCAGGAGAACCGGCGGCUCCAGGCCACGGUGCGCCAGCUCACGCUCGACGCCGCGGCGCGCGACGUCGACGCCGCGGCGCUCGACGACCUCCAGGGCCGCCUCGGCGCCGCCGCGGAGCACCGCGCGGCGCGCGAGCGCGACGUGGCGGCGCUCCGGGAGCAGCUCCUCGACGCGACGGCGGCGCAGUCGGCGAGCGCCUCGCGCUGCGCGGCGCUCGAGGAGGAGCGGCGCGCGGGCCUCCGGCGGUGCGACGAGCUCAAGGCGGCGCUCGACGCCGCGGCCGAGGACGCCGCGGACCGCGAGGGCGGCCGCGACCGCGCGGCGCGCGCGGCGCGCGACGCGGAGGCCGAGGCGGCGCGCGAGCGGGCGCGCCACGCCGACGAGAUCGCGCGCCUCGAGCGCGUCGCCGACGACGCCGGCGCGGCGCUCGCGGCCAUGAAGGAGGCUCUAGCGACGCACGAGGACGACGCCGCGGCCGCGGCGCGGGGCGAGACCCAGGGCGCGGUGCUCGAGCUCGAGCGCUGCGUCGAGGACCAGGCGGCGCAGCUCGAGGCCGCGCGGGCCGAGUGCGACCGCCUCGCCGGCGAGCUCGAGGCUCUAGCGUCCGCGAAGCUGGAGACGGAGCUCGCGCUCCGGGGCGAGGGCGACGAAACCGCGCGGCGGUCGCGGCUCCUCGAGGCGGAGCUCGACCGCGAGCGCGCGCGCCGCGAGGAUCUGGAGGCCGAGGCGGGCGCCGCGGCGGCGGCGCGCGACGACGCGCGCGGCGAGGGCGAGCGGCGCCUCGAGGCGCUCGUCGACCGCGAGCGCGCGCGGUUCCGCGAGCGCGAGGCGGCGCUCGUCGAGCGCCGGGCGGCCGAGGAGCGGCUCCGGGCCGAGGACGCGGCGCGGUUCCGGAGGGACGCCGAGGCCGCGGACGACGCGCGCGCCGCGGAGCUCGCGGCCGCGGCCGAGGCCGCGCGCGACGACCGGCGGCGGGACCGCGAGGCCGCGCGCGCGGCGCGCGAGGCGCUCGAGGCGGACCUCGCCGCGGCGCGGUCCGAGGCCGCGGCCGCGCGGCGCGACGCCGCCGCCGGCGACGCGCGCCGCGCGCGCGACGCCGAGGACGCGCGGCUCCGCGCGGCCGCGCUGUCGGGCGACGCGGCGGCGGCGGCGGCGGCGCUCGAGGCCCAGGCCGCGGCCUUCGCCGACGAGCGGCGCGAACACGAGGCCGCCGCGGCCGCGGCGGCCGACGACGCGUCGUCCGCGGUCGCGGCCGCGGAGGCGCGCGCGGCGCGCGGCGCCGAGGCCGCGGCCGAGGCCGACGCGCGGGGCGCGCGGCGCGUCGCGGACGUCGAGGCGCUGCGCCUGGAGCAGGCCGCGGCCCACGACGGCGAGCGCGAGGCCUGGGCCGACGAGCGGCAGAAGCUCCGCGCGCUCCUCCACCUCUGCGAGAUCAAGGUCGCGCCGCCGUCCGUGCUCCGGCGCCACGAGGAGGAGCUCGCGACGCAGCUCUGCGAGAUGCGCGAGCAGGAGGCCCAGCACGUCGCCCACGACGAGGAGCGCGAGGCGCGGCACGCCGCGGCGCUCGCGGCCGCGCGGCUCGCGGGCGCCGGCGACGGCGGCGAAGACGGCGGCGCCGCGGCCGGCGCGGCCGCGGAGGUCGAGGCCGCGCACGCGGCGCAGCUCGCGGACCUGCGGGGCCGCGUCGACGAGACGGCGGCGCGGCUCGAGGCGCGGCGCGCCGCGGAGGUCGACGCGCUCCGCAAGGCCUUCGCCGUCGAGCGCGCGGACCUGCGCAUCGGCCACGAGAAGCAGCUCAUCGACAUGCAGGCCAAGGUCGGCGCGGCCCUCGACGCGCUCACGGGCGAGCUCGAGGCCACGAAGGCGCGGCACGCGGGCCUCGGUGCGGGCCUCGUCGGCCAGCUCGACGCGGCGACGUCGGACCACGCGGCGGAGACGAGCCGCCAGCGCGAGCAGGUCGCGCACCUCGAGGCGACGCUCCGGGACCGCGACGCCGCGAGCGACGACGCCGCGGCCGCGCUCCGCGCGGAGGUCGCCGCGCUCGAGCUCAAAGUCCGCGACGCGGCCGCGGCCGGCGGCGCGGACGGCCUCCGGGACCUCGUCGCGAAGCUCCGCGUCGGCGGGCGCCGCGCCGACGCGCGCGUCGCCGAGCUCGAGGGCGACCUCCCGCGCGCGGAGGACGAGGCGCACGCGCUCGAGACGGCGGCGCUCGCGGGCGCGCCCGCCGCGCCCGCGAUCCGCGCCGCGGGGCUCCGCGGCGUCGCGCGCGGCCUCGGCCGCUGGGCGCGGCGCCGCCGCGGCGCCGCGCUCCGGGCCUGGGCCGCCGCCGCGCGCCGCCGCGCGCCGCCGGCGCCGCCGCCGGGCGGCGGCGCGCCGCCCCUCGACGUCUCCACCAUCCACUCGAAGAUCCGGUCCAUCCGCGUCGCCGACCGCAAGUCGGCGCUCGCGGACAUGCUCCACGCGACGGAGCUGCUCCACCACGCGGCCGCGCGGAACCAGGAGGCCAGGCAGCUCGACCCCAAAACCAUGGACGCGUCGAACUACGACCCCAUGGCGGCGCUGGACAUGGAGAAGCGCACGGGCAUCAAGCACGCCGACAUCGACGACUUCCUCGAGCGCGCCAAGGCCGUGGAGCAGAAGAUCGAGGACAUCAGAUCGGGCAAGAUCUCCGUCGAGCAGCUCGCCGCGGAGCAGGAGGCGGAGCUCCGGGCGAAGAGGGACGCCGAGGCCGCGAAGAUCAAGCGCCUCGCGGAGAUCGCCGAGCGCGAGAAGCUCCGCAGGGCCAAGGAGAAGGCGGAGGAGCGCGAGAGCUGGUGGCGCGGCGCUGACGCCAUGUACGGCGACGGCGACGACGAGCCGAGCGACGCCAUCGAGCGCGACGACGCCGACGAGUCCGCCAAGGACGCGCGGCUGCGCAAGUACGAGAACGACUACGGCCGCUGGAACGAGGGCCGCUGGACGCCGAAGGACCCCGCGACGCUCGAGGAGGAGGCCGCCGUCGAGAAGGAGAAGACGGACAAGGAGAACGCCGUCUUCGAGAAGAACAACAAGGAGUUCUGCGACAACUUCAUGGCGGACAUGGAGGUGCGCGAGAAGUCGAAGCAGAAGAAGGACGACACCGCGACGGCGACGCGGCUCAAGGGCAACCGCUACUUCAAGGCGAAGAAAUACGACGACGCGCUCAGGCUCUACCGCGAGUCCCUCGGCGUGCGGCCCUACGAGAAGACGACGCUGCUGAACGUGGCCCAGGUCUUCCUCAAGAUGGCGCUCUGGGACGACGCGCUCGAGUUCGCGAAAAGGGCCGUCGUCGUCUCGAGACGGGAAGGGCCGGACUUCCACGCCAAGGCCCUCGCGCGGCGCGCGGCGGCGCUGGAGCGCACGGGGGACCUCGACGGGGCCGCGGCGGACCUCGACGACGCCCUGGCGCUCCUGAAGCACCAGACCCACGCCGCCGCGGAGGACGCGCGCUGCGCCGUGCUCCGCCAAUUGAAAAUCGUCGAGCAGGCGCGGCGCGACGCGGCCGCGGAGGCCCGCGCCGUCGACGAGGCCGCGGCGCUCGCCGAGGCCGCCGCCGGCGCGCCACAACUCAGCGACGCGGAGAAGACGAAGCGGGACAGCGAGGAGCUGCUCGCCGCGUUCUCGAAGAUCGCGGCGAAAACGGAAGGCGGCGGAGACGCGGUGCUCGACCACGCGCUCAAGAUGAUGGAGGAGACGGGCCGCGGCGAGUCGCUCCGGGCCGUCGACGACGUCCUCGAGCGCGACAUCGCGAGCCUCGGCGACGACCGCGCGGCCGACGUGUCGAACCUCGCGCGCCUCGCGGCCGCGCUCCGCAGGGCAGCACAAGAGAGCGAAAUUCCCAACUUCAAAGGCUCAUAUCUCGGCCGUUUUCCACUCGCGCUCCGGUCGUCGGCGGACGCGCGCGCGCUCUGCCGCGUCCGCGGCGGCCUCGGCGCGCUCCUCGGGCGCCUCGGCGCCACGGAGCGGCCGGACGCGGGCGCGCUGGAGCAGGCCUACGACGGCGGCUUCGACCUCGGGGACGGCGGCAUAGGCGCCGGCGACCUCGACGCCGCGGCGGCGGCGCCGGCACCGCCGGCGACGGGCGCGGCCAAGGCGCUCGUGCUGUCGACGCUCGCCGCCGCCGUGCGCGGCGAGCCCAAGUCCAAGGACCUCGCCGUCGACGGCGGCGCGCUCGAGGAGAUUUUGACCGUGUUUGCAGACGACGGCGGCCACUUCGAACACGACGCCGCCACGCGCGCGUCGGCCUGCGAGCUCGUCGCGGAGCUCGCGGCCGCCGACGGCGCGUCGGACCGCGCGCGCGGCCUGCUGGCGGCGCACCUCCCGCUGCUGCGGCGCGUCGCGGCCCUCGCGCGCGCGGGCGGCCCCGCGCUCGCGCGCGCGCGCGCGACGCCGGACCAAGCAAAGGCCGCGCUGCCCGAGGUCGCGGCGGCGGCCCACGCGCUCAAGUGCCUCCGGGACCUCGCCGAAGACGAGGCCGCGCGCGCGACGCUGCUGCGCGUCGGCGACGAGGGCGACGUCGCGGUCGUCGAGGCCGUCGCCGUCGCCGCGAAAGCCGCGGUCAGUGUAAAAGCCGCGGACCGCGCCGCGGCGGCGCGCGCGGCGGCGAAGACCCACGCGAAGAACCCCAUGGCGGCCAUGGGCGACCCGGCGGCCAUGUGCGAGGCCAUCGCGGGCGAGCUCGCGGACUACGGCUGCGCGUGUCUCGCGCACCUCGCGUUCUCGGAACAAUUCCGCCCGGCCUUCGCCGUCGCCGUCGCCGGCGCGCGCGACGCCCGGGCGACGCCCGCGGGCAUUUUGCUCGCCGCCGCGCGCGACGCCGGCGAGGCGCCCGAGGUCCGCGCGUCCGCGCUCGCGGCCGUGACGAACGCGUGCCUCGGUGCCGAGGGCGCGCGCGCGGUGCAGGCCGCCGAGGCCGCCGGCGGCGUCGCCGUCGCCUACGCCUUCGGCUCGGCCGCGCGGACGCUCCGGGCCGCGCCGGGCGCGCUCCCGGCGCUCGCCGCCGUCGUCGCGGCGCUCUCGAAGCUCCGGGGCGACGCGCCCGCGGCGGAGGAGCGCGACGCGCUCGUCCGGGCCAUGGCCGGCGCGCUCGCGGCGGACAAGGACCCCGACGGCGCCGUGCGCAACUUCCACGCCAAGGGCGGCUACCGCGUCCUCGCGGCGAUCCUGCCGCGGCCCCGGGCCGACCUCGGCGCCGUCACGGCCACCUCCGUGUCCCAGCCGCCCGUCGACGGCACGCGCGUGUCGCCGUCGUGCGCGUGCAACGCGGCCAAGGUCCUCCUCGCGGCGCUGUCCAACGACGACGCGGGCCUCCGCGGGGCCGUCGCCGCGGACCUCGCGGCGCACGGGGGCAUCGAGAAGCUCGUCUGCUGCCUCGCGAACUACAAGGAGAUGCCCGUGCGGCGCAACUGCGCCGUGUGCCUCGCGAAGCUCAUGGCCAUCGACAAGGACCUCGCGCCGCGCGUCCGCGAGCUCCGCGGCGUGGAGAUGAUCACGACGCUCGGCAACGCGCUCAUCGCCUAG